CCAGAUGAACAUGUUUUGAUAGCAGUACUGUAUACGUACCAAUAAGCAUCAUGAAUUAUAGGGUGUGUAUAUUAUAUAUCUACAGAUAUGAAAGCACCUGUUGGCUGGCUGGGACUGAAUAAGUAGCAGUCACUCAAGAGAAAAUGAUAAAAUACUGGGUAGAAGUCUGACAGGUGCUCUAUGUACUGGAGGAGGAGGGGAAAGUCAGAGUUGAUGUAGUACAUAUAUUGUUAGGAGAGGGGAACUAGUGACAGGCCUGCAGUAUAUAAGGCGGGGGUUGCAGUAGGAAGGGAGACUUCUGUGGAUAACACUCGAGAGCUUCACUGGGCACCCUAUGGCAGAAGUUUAUCAUUUUAACAGUGUUCUGUAGUAGUUUUUUCUAUAUAUUGUUAUCAAAGCUUUUUCACAGUGCAUUAGGACAGAGAACUUUAAGUGAAGAGUGGGGUGUGCUUGUCUCAGUUUUUACCCACUUUAAUCUAAACGUAGGUGACAUCAAGGACAAAUCUGUAUAUGAUAUCUGAAUAACAAGACUAACGCAGCAGUUUUUAAGUGGAAAAUAUCCUCAAUAACACGUGAUCAGGACACUUGAAAGAAGUAAAGUACAUUUAGUGACAGACAUAAAGGAGAUUUCUCUGAUAUCAGGUGUGAAAAUGGAUUAUAACAGGUGGCCAGACAAGAACCAGUUUUUGGAAGAGCUGCAGGUCGUCAUGGCAACAGUUAACUCCACCAGGAUGGCCAGCAACAUUAAUGUGGUCAAACAAAUCCACAAGCAGUUUCUAAGCUGUGGUAUCUGUCUACAGCAGUACACCAACCCCAAGGUACUGCCUUGUCUACACACCUUCUGUGAACUCUGUCUCUACGAUUACAUUCCCUUGGAAAGUCUCUCUGUCAGCUGUCCUCUGUGCAGGCAGCAGUCAAUAUUACCCCAGGAAGGGGUGUCAGGACUACAGUCAAAUUUCCUUAUUAAUAACCUGAUGGAGAUGCUGGAGAACCCUCAGUUGUGCACCAGCUGUGACAGUGGUGCUGUGGCCAAGACAAAGUGCACAAACUGUAACCACUCACUCUGUGAAUCCUGCUCACAGCUACACAAACAAGAUGUUGACUUACAGACACAUGAUCUAGUCAGCCUGGAUAAAUUAUCACCUUCUGAGUCUAAAGAAGGAAUGCUGCCCCAGCUUGUGUGUCCCAACCAUCAGGGAGAGUUGUUAAAGUUUUACUGUGCCUCCUGUGAUACCGCAGUAUGUGAGGAGUGCACAGCGCUGGAGCAUCACGACCACCGAAUUACGACAAUGGAAGACGCCAUACAGGAACACCAAUCAGCUCUCAGGAAUUUGAUCCACAAUGCUCAGGCCCGUAUCCCUGUGAUCGAAGACGCCAUUACUGUGGUCAGUAGUGUGUCCACUGCGCUCUGUGAUAAGUUCAAGGAGGCAGAGAUGCAGAUAAGUGAUGCCUUCGAUGCACUUAAUGAACUCAUCGAUCAGCGAAGAAACAAGUUGCUCUCAGACCUGGAGUCCACACACAAAGUAAAGCAAGCUACCCUACAUUCACAGAAGCAAACUCUCCUGGACAUUCUGACUAAUAUCAAUGACUGCUGUCAGUUGACAGAAAAAGCUCUCACUCAUGGCAGUGAGACAGAUAUCUUGCUUAUGAGGAAAGAGAUGACAGCUAAACUUAGCGAUCUCUCUGCUCUAGAGGUGCAGUGUAUGCCUGAGGAGAAUCCAUCUCUCAGCUUUGUCGAUUGCAAUUUCUCAGAUGUUGCUGAAGUAGUGGAGAAAGUUGGCAAAGUGGAAACCAACAGCGCGGUGGCGUUUGAGACCACAGCAUCUGGAGAAGGUCUGCGCAGGUGUUACACAGGGAAGAAAGCCAUGUUGUCUGUCACCACUAAGAACCGCCAUGGAGAACUGCUCAAGGUCGGCCACUGUUCACUCACUGCACAGAUCACAUCAACAAAUGGUGAAGUCUUCACUCCUACUGUCAUAGACCAGAACAACGGUACCUAUGACCUCACGUAUAUUGUGCCGAGUGAUGGCUCCUAUCAGCUGGAGAUCAGGUUGUAUGGUCAACAAAUCAAGGGAUCUCCCUUCAGUGUCCAGGCCUACCCACCCCCAGCCAGUGGUGAGAGACCCCUCAGUGCAAGCAAGAUUCCCAAGACGCUAGCCGUCAAGCAGAAGGGAACCAAGCGGCCACCCAGCUCAAAGUCGUCAAAUAGGAGAAGUAACCCCAUUGAUGAUGACUUGAUAUUGAGAGUUGGCGCCAAGGGGAGGAACCGAGGGGAGUUCAGCAAUCCCCAAGGCCUGUGCACCACUCCCAAAGGUUUGAUCAUCGUGGCUGACAGCAACAAUCAGUACAUGCAGGUUUUCACUAACUCGGGGGAUUUCAAGAUGAAGUUUGGUGUUCGAGGUCGCAGCCCGGGGCAGGUACAGCGCCCCACGGGAGUGGCAGUCAGCGCCAACGGCAACUACUUAGUGGCAGACUACGACAACAAAUGGGUCAGCAUAUACUCUCCUGAUGGCAAAUACCUCAACAAGAUCGGAACAGGAAAGCUUAUUGGGCCCAAGGGUGUCGCAGUGGACAACAAUGGUCACAUCAUUGUUGUGGACAACAAAGGAAGCAGCAUUUACAUUUUCCAGUCUAAUGGGAAACUCCUCCACAAGUUUGGUACCAGAGGUAACGAGGAGAACCAGUUUGCUGGACCACAUUACGUAGCAGUCAACAGCAACAAUGACAUCAUCAUCUCUGACUUCCACAACCACUGUAUCAAGGUGUUCAACUGUGAGGGAACAUUCCUGUUCAGUUUUGGCUCCAAUGGUGAGGGCAUGGGUCAGUUUAAUGCUCCCACAGGGGUGGCUGUGGACAAACAGGGGAACAUCAUUGUGGCUGACUGGGGGAACUCCAGGUUACAGGUAUUUGACCAGAAUGGUUCCUUCCUGGCCUUUGUGAACACUCAGACGGACCCCCUGUACGGUCCCCAGGGGGUGGCAGUGACCAGUGACGGACAUGUGGUGGUCUCUGACUCUGGCAACCAUUGCUUCAAGAUCUACAAAUAUCUCCAGUAGAAAUCUUGGUUUCCCUGCUCAGAGGACAUCCUGGUUGGCUGGGAAUAAUAGACUGUCAGCCUCACCCAACUGACCAGUGGACUGACCUACUGACUGAUAUCCUUACAAAAUUCUUCCAAAUAUUUGUAAAAAUCAGGGAUUUGCUGUUCCAUGUUGACCACUGCUAGGUAUCCACACCUGCCUAUAGAUGGCGUUACUGGGACAUUCAAUAUAGAAACGCACCUCAGUAGAGAUGAACAUCAGAGCACUACUUGCUAUCCCAGCAGCCAAUGCAUUAAGGCCCGUAGCAUGAUCAAGUGUUUUGUGAAAUCCAUCAUAGUUUUUCUGCAGAGACUGACAAUUAUCAAGUGCCAUGAAAGGAUCUACAGAGUGGCCCUGCUAUGUUAAAAUCCAGGGGAGGGAGAGGGAGAGAGGGGGGUAUACACCUGCUAUCAAAGUGCACAGAAGACUGCAAAACAGUGCCCAUGUUUUGAUUUUUUUUUUUUUUUUUUUUUCAUUUUAUUUAUGGAUAUUUUGUAAUAUUUGCUCAUUUUUUCUGUAAAUGUAUAGUAAAGGGGUAACUGAAAAACAUUAAAAUACAUGAAGUAGGCUAUUAAGGAGGAACCUUUGUACAUUAAUAAGAUGUGGGUGUAAUCACAAAGGCACAGAAAAGUUCUAAAUGGGUGUAUUUCUAGUCUCAAGUUGAUUUGGAUUAGCCCAACUUUCAAAGUGGGGACACAGAGCAAGUGCAAAUGUAUCGUGUUUUCUAGUCUAUGGUGUAAAUUAAGCGUUUUGGUGUGUGUAUUAAGACGGUACAUGUUGACAGCAUUACAGAUGUACUUGUAUAUAUCAGCUAUAUGAUCAAUACUGCAGAUGUGAUAGUAGGUAACUAGUGACAGUGUUAAUGUAAAGCCAUGUUGCUUGCAUGUAUAAAAGAGACAAUGUAGCACCUGUUGUCAGGUAAAUUAAUAGACAAUUUAUAAGUGUUGACUGUAUGCCAUAGAGAUAACCAAGCCAGUCUGAAGACUGUGAGAGCUGUGGUUGCUCAUGCCUGGUUCAUUUUACUGCAUGUAGCUGCUGUCUCAUUAGUUAUGUUUAGUUAUUUAUUAAUGAUACCUUCAUUCAUGUAUCUAUUUGAUCUUUAAAUAUGAACACUUUGCUCUUAGUUUGCUUGCCAAUAAGAAGUCCCUCUUGUGCAGUAGGUAGAUAGAACGGAUUCCAGGAAAACCAGAACAACUUAUACCUCCACCCUAAAGCCAUAUUCUCUGUGGUAAAUGUUAUUUCAGGAUGACUGCUUCACACACUAGCAGCGCCAGGAUUUCAAAAUUGAGAUAUGGAUAAGUUUAUUCCACACAUUUUAUGUAUAUCUUUUGCAUCCAAUUUGAAGAAAAAAAAAAAGAAUUUACCUGGGACCACUGUGCAUUAUAGUUUCAAUUCCAUAUUCCAUGUUAUAUGUAAGAGUUUACUGUGCUACAUGGAAUCAGUCAGAUAUGUGUCAGAAUUCAAUUUCGUAUUCCUAGGAGAGGUAUUUCACUGUCAGAAAUGUGUUUAGAUCAUUCAUUGUGGCAGUCUUAGUAAACUUUUCAUAUCAUUAACCGAUGAUCCGUGUAUUGUAAUUGUGCAGAUUGUAGAGCUUAGUAAUGUAAAUAUGUAAAAUAUUCUGGAGAAAUCUUCUCUAUUGCAUACUGAAUGGCUAGGAUCAAAUUAUUGUACAGUGUCAUGGUCCUUGGUGUAUUUUUGUUUAUAGUGUAAAUAUGUUAUUUUUGUCAAAGGGCAGUGCGGUCAAUGCAAAUAUAAUGUAUAAAUGUGAGGAUACAGUUAAAAUAUGUGUGCUGACAGUUACAUGUAGUAAUUGCUGUGGUGCUUCCUAGGACGUGUAAAGUUAGGGGCCUAGUUACAGAAUGCUUGCACUUGACUUAAACUUUUUAUUUUGUUAACUAAUUUCUGUAAGAAUGUGCAGAAUUCAGAAGCUAGGCUUUCCAUAGUAAUAACUGGAUAACCUUCAGUUCACUCUAGCACCCCACUCUGUUCUCCUGCACUCUACUGGGAUGGAGUAAAAUAACAGUUUAGAAUAUAAAUGCCACUUGUCCUAACUAACAUGUA